AUGACUGGAGAAGCAUUGAAAGACAUAGCUGACAAAGCGCUUAUGGGAAAACUCAAAGAGGUAGAUUCAGAUCUCGAGGAGUCAAAGUCUGUCAAUAGUGUGUCAGUCAAACGACAGGAAUCUGGAGUUCAGGAGAUCAAAUCUGUCAAAAUAUCUGAGUCUGAGUUAGACAAUGUCGGUAAAGCUGAUUAUGUAGAGCAGGUGUUGGAUGAGGAGAGUGAGAAAUCUGAAAAGGCUCUAUCUGAGAAGGUUGUUAGUGAUUCUGAAGAUGAAGGGAAUUUCUUAGAUCAAUACAUACCGAAAUCGGAGAAGACGAAAAAGUUGAAGGAAGAGUCAGUCAAAACAACUUUUGUCGAAUAUGACAAAAGGGUGUGUCAUCGCUGCAGUGAAGUCGGACACAUGGCGAAACAGUGUCAGAAAGUGAUUGAGAAACCUGUUGUUGUAAAACCUGUUCAAAAACCAAUUGUUCAAAAACCAAUUGUUCAAAAACCAAGUGUUCAAAAACAAACUGUUCAAAAAUCAACUGUUCAAAAAUCAAACGUUCAAAAACCUCGACCUAAAUCACCGAUUGACACAAAGGGCAAAAAGCCGAUGGUUUCUCCGAUCCGCAUUUUGAAAAGAGGUGAAUCUUUGAAGUCGGAGGAUAAGCCGAAAUCGACUUUCGAGGUUGGCGAAUCCUCUAAGACUCGCAAGACUUCAAAGAUUUACCCUAAAACAAAAGUUUUUGAAAAUCAAUCUUGGGUCGCGAAGUCGAAACCGUCUGUUGAGGUUAAAAAGAUGGAGAAUGCUUUGAAAAUUGAUUCAAAUAUUUUUAAAGAUGAUGUAGUUGAGUUUGAGAAUGAAAUUGAUAAAUUUCUUGCUGAAUUUCCACCAAUAACCAACAAAGUAAAAUCAAGUGUGAAAGAAGAGGUUUCCAACGUAACAUUUAGCUUUCAGAAAACAGACGAGAAGUGUGAUGUUGUGUUCGGAAGUGUGUCUGAAGGGCUGCGCAAGUCUAUACUGUCAAAAUGGAUUAUGGAUAGCGGUGCUUCACGGCAUAUGACUAGGACGCUAGCUCUUCUCUAUGAUGUCAAAUCAAUAAACUAA